ACCUCUGUUGUAGUUGUAGUGUUGUGGCACGGCCUCCUUGCUCCUUGUUGUGUUGUUCGUUGUAGGAGUGUAGGACUAAUAAUAUUGGGAAUCUUUUAAGAGAUUAAAGAGAUAAAAUUAGACUAUUUUAUUCGGAACUUAUUUGCCACUAACUUUUACAGCUUUAGUUAUAAUUUAAUUAUACAUCAUUAGCAAUUUUAGCUGUCAAAGCUUUCAGUGCUUUAUUCUAGGUUAGGCCUAAACUUAUAGACAAGUGAAGAUCAUAAUGCCUAAGUAUUACUGUGAUUAUUGUGACACCUAUCUUACUCAUGAUUCUCCUUCAGUGAGGAAAACCCAUUGCCAAGGUAGGAAACACAAAGAUAAUGUAAAGUUUUACUACCAGAAGUGGAUGGAAGAACAGGCUCAACAUCUUAUUGAUGCAACUACAGCUGCUUUCAAAGCUGGUAAGAUUGCCUCGAAUCCAUUUGCCAACACUAAAGGUGCAGCAAUACCUCCCCCAAAUAUGAAUAUGACACCUAUGGGACCAAUGAGACCACCCGGACCGCCCCAACCAGGUCCAGGCCCAAUGAUGCCAGGUCCUCCUGGAAUGCAUCCUGGUAUGGGACCAAUGAUGAUGCCUCAUGGACCGAUGCCACCAAUGAUGGGAAUGCCAAGACCGCCUAUGGGCCAAAUGAUGGGACCAAUGAUGCCUAUGGGGCCAAUGGGUCCCAUGGGCCCUAUGCGACCUCCUUUAAUUCAACCUAUGCAAAUGAAAAACUAAUACGACAACGUCAAGCUUAUUCAGAAAGAAAAGGAACAGUAACAGAAGAAUUUGAAAAGAACUCUUAACAAAAGAAGAUAAAUUUGUGUUUUACAUGUGUAAAUAUUUAAAAUAUUACUAUCUAGAAUAAAUGGUGUUUAAUGUAACAGUGUCAAAUAAAAUGUUUUGUACUAUA